AUGGGUUGGGAGGCUGUGGAGCCGACAGGAAGGUCUGGGGGUUUAAUUUGUGCUUGGGAUCCGGGAGUGUUUUCAAAAAUUAGUUGUGUGAAAGAUAAGAAUUUUAUAAUUGUGAAAGGGAAGGUCAAGGGGGUUGAGGAUACUGUGAAUGUGGUGAAUGUGUAUGCACCGCAGAAAAUAAGAGAUAAAAGAAAAUUAUGGGAGAGCUUAGUUAAUGUGAAAAAUGUCGAUAAGGGGAUGUGGAUCGCAAUGGGGGAUUUUAAUGCGGUGAGAAGUCCGGAAGAGAGAAAAGGGUCGAAUUUUAACCUGGGUUGUGCUCGUGAUUUCAAUAAUUUCAUAUAUGAAGCCGACUUUCAUGAAUAUGAUAUGAAAGGUGGAAGGUUUACUUUUAUGAAGACAGAUAAUGGUAGAACAAAAUUUAGCAAGAUCGAUAGAUUUUUGGUCGGUAAUGAGAUACUGGAGAAAUGGCCAUUGGCGUGUAGUAGAGUGCUACCUAGAUUAUUCUCUGACCACUGCCCGAUCCUAUUCUCGUUUAAAGACUUGAAUUUCGAGCCCAAGCCUUUUCGGGUCUUCAACUCUUGGUUAGAUAAGAUUGAUUUUGAAGAUGUUGUUACAAAAGCUUGGGGUGCGGCAGUUUCCUUCGGUCCUGCUGACAUCAAGUUGAUGAUGAAAUUCAAGUUCCUCAGAGAUAGUUUGAAAAAGUGGAGGAACGAAGUUAAGGAGAAGGAUGGAUAA